UAACCCAAAUGCAAUUCUUGUAUUCCUCUUGUGUUUCUCUUCUUCAUUUGGUAAACCACUUUGGUUUACCAGAAAAGCAAAGAAAUAAAAAAAAUAAAAAAAUAAACACCUUUUUGUUUCUCUUCUUCUUCUUCUUCUUCUUGAUUUUCACUUUCCAGUCACUCCCAUUCCCCCUAAAAAUCCAAGAAAUUGAAUACCCAGAAAUACCCACAUUGCCAUUUUUAUCAAUUAACCAACCCCCAAAAAACCCAAAAAAAGAAAAAACAAAUUUUUUGGGGAAAAAAAAAGAAAAAAGCUAUGAAGAAAUCUCCAUCAUUUUCAUUUUCUUGUUCCUCUUCUUCUUCAUCAUCUUCAUGCAUUGAACAACAAAUCCAUGAAGUAACAGAGAACAAAAAGAUGAAGCUGAAGCCCAAGCCCAAGCCAAAGCUGAGGCCCAAACGUGCUUCUAGAGCUAAGAGAAUUGCAAAUGCUGAUUCAUCACCAACCAAAAGAAGCUCCAUUUACAGAGGCGUAACCAGGCAUAGAUGGACAGGAAGAUAUGAAGCUCAUCUAUGGGACAAGGGUACUUGGAAUAGCAAUCAGAAGAAGAAAGGAAAACAAGUUUAUUUGGGAGCUUAUGAUAGUGAAGAAGCUGCUGCCAGAACUUAUGAUCUUGCGGCCCUCAAGUAUUGGGGGCCCACAACUAUACUUAAUUUUCCGGUGGAAACAUACAUCAAAGAGUUUGAAGAAAUGCAUAGGCUAAAUAAGGAAGAGUACUUGGCUUCACUAAGGCGAAAGAGCAGUGGAUUUUCUAGAGGUGUUUCCAAAUAUCGUGGCGUCGCAAGGCACCACCAUAAUGGUCGAUGGGAGGCAAGAAUUGGACGUGUUUAUGGAAAUAAGUAUCUCUAUUUGGGAACUUACAGCACUCAAGAAGAAGCAGCUGCAGCAUAUGAUAUGGCAGCAAUUGAGUAUAGAGGGCCUAACGCAGUCACCAACUUCGACAUCAGCAGAUAUGCAGACUGGUUGAAGACACUCCGCGAACCGGAUCUGUUAUCACAGAUGGAAAACACAGAGUCCUCUAAUGAGGUGCAAUCAGAUGAGGUGAUUGUACAAUAUCAGCCGGUUCAACAAGAAGAAAACCAAGAGGAUUUCAUGCAAGAAGAAUUAGCUUUCGAACCACUAUUCGUACCAAAGUUAGAGUUUACGCCUGCACUUGAUUCUGAUGAAGUGACUCAACCAAAAGUCCUGAAGUUGGAGUUUGCUCCUAAAAUGGAGUCUGCUGCUGAAAUAAUAAAGGGGAAAGGCUACCAGGAGGAAGAUGACUACCCGUGGAGCAUGUACUUGGACAACACAUUUGGUUCUUUCCAAGUUUCGGACUUCUGUCUUGACAAACCAGCCGACUUGAUGGAUCUUUUCAACAACACCGGCUUUGACAACAACAUUAACUUCAAUCUCUAUGAGCAAUCACGUGAGCAGGAGUUCAACAACCUGGACUUAUUCUCCGACAGCAUGAUCAUCGACAUGGUUGAAGGUAAUAAUGAGGAAGUAAGGAACAAUCCGUCGAUUUCGCCUACUUCAUCAACAGCUGUGUCAAGAACAACAUCCAUCUCCAGCGACAUGAAAGACGUGGGAGGUUGGACAUCUUCGACAAAGAACCAUAAAAUUGAUGGAGAAGCAUUUUUCUAGAUUCUUUUAAGUCUCAAUCAUUGAGAAAGACGAAUAUUACUAAAGCUUUUGGAUUGAUAUAUGCUAUUCUUGGGAGGAUUGAGAUAAGAAGAAUAUCUGUGAUUUGUGCUACACUCAACAUUAAGAAAUGAUAAAGAUUUAGAUAUCAAGACUCUUUUUGGGCCAGUUUCAAUAAAACGAAGUAUUACAUUACAACUUAUUCGGCAAUCGAGAUGUAGCUGUCAGAUAACUUUUUUUAUGAAAAAACUUGACUCAAGCAAAAGACAGUAUGAGAUGGAUCAUUCAAAAUGGAAGAUGUUACUAUAUUAAAGGUAAAAUUAUCUUUAUUAAA